AUGAGUUCCAACAUUUCUAUUUUUACUUCGAUUUUGCUUUCAAUCUGUUUCCUCCAUGUAUUUUUGCAACAUGAUAGAGUUGAAGCUCAACCGGGCGGCUUUGCAAGCCCUCGAAUUCGAAAUGCCUUCAAUGUGAUUCAAAACUUCAAGUCCAAAAUCCAGAGUGACCCCAAAAACGUCACAGGAACAUGGGUGGGCAAUGAUGUAUGCAAAUACAAGGGCUUUCUCUGUGCAGUUGUUCCGGACUUCAAGCAGAAAAGCGUCAUCGGAGUCGACUUCAAUGGCUUCUUGUUUGGCGGCAAACGCUCCAUCCUCCCCCUCGAUGGCUUCAUCGACAAGUUAGUCGACUUGGUCUUCUUUUAUGCAAACUCUAAUAACUUCACGGGGACAGUCCCGAAUGGAACAGCCCAGCAUCGAUUCUUUUAUGAGCUCGACCUGAGCAACAACAAGCUCUCUGGGGUGUUCCCAAAUGAAGUUCUUGCUGCCUCGAAAUUGACUUUCUUGGAUCUCCGUUUCAACACUUUUAGAAACACUAUCCCUCCCAAGGUGUUUAACCUAGACGUUGACGUACUCUUCCUCAACAACAAUAAUCUUGUUCAGAAGAUCCCUAGUUCUCUUGGCUCGACUCCAGCCCAUUAUAUUACUUUUUCUAACAACAAAUUUUCCGGUUCAAUCCCGAGAAGCAUUGGCAAAGCAGCAAACACUCUUUAUGAGGUUCUCUUCCUGAAGAACAGCCUUUCAGGAUGUUUACCAAUGGAAAUAGGGAACUUGAAGAAGUCCACCGUGUUUGAUGUCAGCUUCAACCAGUUAACGGGUCCGAUACCACUAUCAUUUGGUUGCAUGUCCAAAAUGCAGCUUAUGAACUUGGCCAACAACAAGUUCUAUGGGGCAGUGCCUGAGUCGGUUUGCCAGUUGCCAAAUUUAGCGAAGCUGACAUUGGCCAAAAACUAUUUCACCCAGGUCGGACCAAAAUGCAGGAAGUUGAUAAAGAAAGGAAUUCUUGAUAUCAAGGUGAACUGCAUUUCGGAUCUUCCGAAUCAGAGAUCGAAGGCUGAUUGUGCUAAUUUCUUCUCCAAACCCAGAAUAUGUCCCAAUGCGAGGUCCUUGACUUUCAUUCCUUGUAAAGCAAGGUCUUCAAGUACUGUAAAUGAUGAGGAUAAAUCUGAUGAUGGUCCUCAAACAAAAGCUCCAGCCCCGCUAUCUUAUCGUACCCUUGAACCGCAUGGGCUAUGAUUUUCAUGUCUUAAUUAGGGCUCCAUCGUUUGCUUCAAUUGGAUUUUCUAACUAAAUAAAGCGUCCUGAUGAGGCCUCCUUAUAUUAAUUGCACGUACCUGGUCAAGUGAUUCGGAGAAACGAACAGUUCAAUGUUGCAGCUCAGUUCGUAGUCGAUGCCCACUCUUUUGUGUCACCAUGCCAUUUAGAAUGCUUCUACUUUAGCUGUUUUUGACGAGUCAUGAUGGAUCAUAUUCUCUACUAUUAUGCAUUUGUUUUGUGUGAUUCUUUUGUGUAAUGUACUAGCUAGC